UCGUCCGCAUCUCGCGGCGCACUGAGUGGCUGUCAUGGACGCGAAGUCGAAGAGGCCACGCAUUUGCCAGAUCUGCGGGGACGUGGCCAAGUCCAUGCACUUCGGGGGACUUUGCUGCGACUCCUGCAAGGCCUUUUUCAGGCGGUCGGUGCAGAGCGACGGCUUCCGAAACUUCAAGUGCAGCGGCGAUAAGCGCUGCAGCAUCUCCAUCGCCUCCAGGAAGUUCUGCAAGCUCUGCAGGUUCAACAAGUGCGAGAAGGUGGGCAUGGUGCGCGAGUGGGUGAUGAGCGAGGAGGAGCGCAUCCAGCUCAUGAAGAGUCGACUAAAUAAGAAGGACGAAGCAACCACCUCGGAGCUGAAUAGUUGUGCCGUAGAUGCGGCCCUCGUGAACUCCUACAAAGGGCGCGUUGCGUUAACCGCUAGUGGGGCACCUAAUCUACAUGGCCUCAACCGCCGCCGCCACAUGGAAUAUCGACGGCGCGAAAUCGACGAAGGUGAGGAGCAGACGACGUGCGUUGGUGAAGACAGAAAUGAUGCCCCAGAAAGGGACCGAAGUGUGAAUAAGAAACUCUUACUUGAACCGGGGGAAGUUGACCCUGGGUUGUACCGCAUCAAUAACAAGCUCGAGCCAGGCCAAGUUGACCACACCCUCUACCGAAAGCCACGUAAGAAGAAUAAUAUAGCCGCUAAGGGGAUUCCCAAACCUGGAUGUAAAGAAGAUGAAGCCGCUGUGGAGGUUGAACCCGAAGACGAUGACAAAUCUUUGGAAAAGGAGGCUGCCUGCAUUGUGGAGGUAGAGCCACAGACGAAAAUGUCUACCUCGUAUUUUUGUAAGAAAAGGAAACAGAAAAGCAACUCAUACAGUUUUGACAAAACGGCAUGGCGGUCGUCAUCUGAGAGCCCGUCCUGUAGUGAAUAUGAAGCUAAAAGUUGUCAAGAUUCUUCAAAAAAAGCCCUUCUAGGGGAACCUAAUCUAUUUGAAAAGAAUACAGAGUACAAAUCUCUUGAUUAUUAUGAGGUGGCGGCUGUGCAAAACACAGCUGGCAGUUCAUUGACAUGUCGAUCUCCUUCCUCGGAUGAAGGGGGGACUUCCCCACAAUUCGUUGAAAAUCGUCGCACCUCCCCAGAUUGUCGACGUAAUAUUUUACUCAACCGUCGUCAUCCUGGAAGCUCAGACAGUCUAAAAAUUUCAUGCUUAGCUUUGGAGCCUCAAUCAUUAUGCAAGUCUAGUUUAAACUCAAACUCUGGCCUUGGUUCUGCUGGAAACUCGCUACCUAACUCACCAUCAUCGCCAGACGACGAUUGCAAAGCUGAUGACGUUAACGCCAGCCUCACCGACAGCAGCGAUUUUUCCGUCUGUCCCGACGACAGCUCGAACGAUCAAUCUCUGAAUAGCUUCCCGCGAGACCCUUAUAAAUAUGCUAUCAUGAUCAACGAACGACCUGGUCUACCCAUCACUAACUACAUGCAGAACCACGAAUUAUACAAGCUCAAGGCAGUCGUGAGAAGCAUACAGCGCGUCGAACACUGCUUACCUUACCCAAGUGAGGCAAGUACGUGUGUCAUGAGCACCUACUCUCACUUCAUCAAACGUGUGUCCUUUUUCUUGGACCAGUUCGAGGAGUUCUCGAGCAUGCCCAUCGCAGACCAAAGCAUUGCCAUCGAAAGCAACAUCACGGCCAUUGCAUUGGUUUUUGGCUCAAGCUUCCUGGAUGGCCGCUCGGGUGCUUACAAGAAUUUUUUGCCCUCGCCCAUGGAGAAAGUCACUGACAUGCCGGCGAUUGAAGCCACGCUAACCCCUAACAUCUUUCGUAAAUUUCAGGAAGUCAUUGGGGUACUUGGACAAUUUCAGGUUGACAUUCGAAUGGGGUACAUGGUUAUUCUGAUAAUUGUGUUGAGUCGAAGAAACGACCCUAACCACCACUGUUUCUACCGUAAACUUCUUUACAAUUACAUUUGUUGGAAAUAUGGAGAAGCCAAUGCUGAGCACAUCAACAAGCAUCUCUUUAAGGCCAUAGCGGGCAUCAAGCAGCACUCGGGUAUUUUUGAGAGCAUGUGUGCGAAGCCUGAUCGUAGAGAUUCGUUCGAUGAAGAAGGAUUCUCAAAACGAAUCAAAACUGAAUCUCCAGAUGAUGACUUGCAGCCUUCGUUGUCGUUCAUGAGUGACACAAUCCCGUACCAAAUGGGUGACAUCCCCUCUGGAGCUGCAGCUCCCGACAUCAACGUUCUUCGUGACAUGUUUUUCAGCGGAGCGAGUCGAGAAGAGCUUUGCAAUUACUACUACCAUGGUACAUCCAACACCGAUGUUAAAACUGAACCUUUCAGCUCUGACUACGAAGCUUUCUGCCCCACGUCAUCUUCCAGUGUCCUGCAAGAUGUGAUAACGAACAACAACUCCCAGAAAGAUCACUUCGAGUUAGGUGUGUGUAACUACACGGAUUCCUCAACAAUCACUUCUCUUGAGGACCUUAAAGUACCUCCACACACAGUUGAUCUCAGUGAUACCAGCAAUCCGCUCAACCUCGCGAGCUAUGGCGAACAUGCAUCACUGAUCGAACAAUACGGCACAUUCUUUAACAAAAACAUGGCCGAAUCCGUGAAUCAGUUAAGUAUGGCUGAUUCUAGCCAGCUACCCAUCGCCGAGUCCACGAGUCAACUUACUAUCACAGAUACUACGAGUCAGCAUCCCAUCGAUGAAUCGAUGAGUCAGCUGCCCAUAAAUUUCUCUAACCGUUUGAGGUCAAGUGAUGGUUCGAGCAUGCAAGAAAUCAUUGCGAAACACGGAGCUGACAAGCUGCGAGAUCUUUAUCUUGCAGGGGACAUGGCGAGUUUGAAGUCAAUGUUCACUUCUGCCAGCUCCACCUCGCUGACACCCACUGGAAUAGACGUACCGGUACCUGUUAACUCAGCACACAACUACCCCAUCUCGGCUAUAUCCAACCAAGGUGUCCAUUUUUUAGACCAAAUCGCCAAUUUGGAAGAAACGCGAAGUAAUUUGUCUGUUUCUGACUUGAAGCCAAACAUGAACACACAAUACAACUUGGGGAGAAGUUGUUCUUUGUCUCCUUCCUUACGGAGUCACCAAGAGACUCGGAUGCCUCAGAAAUUUUCAGCCCAAGGUUUCUCGAUGGGACAUCUUCAGGAAUCCUACGACGUUCCCACUCCACGUCCCACCAAAGCCUCCUAUGUACCUGUUCCUCAUAGUUUCUACAGCCCUCAAAGUACUUAUGAUCCAACGCCUCCCCAUUCUGCCAAGGAUUCGUAUGACCACAUUCCAGCUCGCUUAUCGAGCCCCUUACCAGCCCACGCAAAGUUUGGCAGCUCUAAGGACAUUUUGUCCUCCAUGUCGUCGUUUCAAUUUUCAACGCCAUCGUCAGCCGCUGCUUCGAACUUUUCUGCUUCGAUGAAACGAAAUAGUUUGGGGCGAAAUUCUUUUUCAGCGAAGUCGGAUGAUGUCACUACAACAAAGAGCUGCAAUAAAAAUGACAAUUUACUCGUCAGUGGGUUGACCAGUGAAAUAGACCUAUCUUUCAAAGGGUUGAACAGUCUAGACUUGUCUCUCAGUAGGUUGAGCCCUGGUAAGGACUUGAGCCGCACUGGAAUGAGCACUGGGAGGGACUCUGUCAGUGGGUUGAACAGUAAGGGGGUAUUACCAGGCAGUGGGUUGAUCGCUGGUAGGGACCAACCUCUUAGCGGGUUGAGCAGUGACAAGGACUUUCAACCAUACAGUUCAACUGUUGGAGUUGAACCCAACAUAAUUUCACCGCGCCACUCCCCUGAGCGACUCAAAGACUUGGAGAGAAGCCAUUUUAAUCCAUCGAAUUAUUUAGACUAAGCCGAGCUCACAUAUUGCUCAUCAUUAUUGUUAUAGGCCGUUGUGUGAAUGGUUUUUGUAUGGAAAAAUAUUCUGAGAAGGGUUUUGAAAAUAGAAAUUUGUUUGACCUCCGUGUGACGCGAGUGUAGUCUAACUCUAGAAGUUUCAUGUUGCACGCACUGCUCUGCACCAUCGUUAAAUACAUAUAUGAGUUAGGUGAUCAUAAGUGGGAGGACGAUCGUAUGGCUGAAGAUGAUCGUCAGUGGUGAAAUGAUCUGAAGUGUGGGAUAAUGAAAUGUUUUAGGUAGAUUGGUUGUGUUUAGAUAUGAUAUUUUUGGUUUAAAAUCAUCUCAAGUUUUGGGAUGAUUGUGUGGUUUAAGUUGAUCUAAAGUGUUAAGAUGAUGGUCUUAGGAUGAAACUGGAUGAUCGUGUAUCCCGCUACCACGUCUGCUAGGCAGGCAUCGAUCCAGACGUGAAUGGUAGUUGAUUAUGCGUAGUCGCUGAACCUGCCACCAUCACACUAGCAUUCUCAGCAGAACCUGAGUUUAUGUUCAACGUUAUAUUUAUUGUUCACUGUAGGAAUGAUUCUCGAGUAUUAUGAUUGCUAAGUAUUUACCGGCGUGAUGACAGACUAGUUAAAAUCACCUAGAUUGGAGCAUGGAGUUGCGCGUUCGACACCCGUAGCCAGCUGUGAAAAUUCGGCAAUGUCUAGCAUGGGCAAUAGGUUAGGCAUGAUCUCUGUUCGUCAGCGCUUAUGUCAGUAUAUUACAAUUUCGUAUUGUAUUAACCACAAAUUACUGGCUUGCCAAAAACUCAACUUAUCAAACCUCAAAAUUCAAAAAAGGAAUCUUUUCAACCAAGCGACAGUCUCGAAAACCUUCAUCCAUCGACAUGCGGUCUAGAAACCAACUCCAGAAACCUACUUAACCUCGCCUAAACCCCACCUAACCUCGCAGGCAAGACGGCGACCCCAUUUAAACCCCACCUAACCCCACAACGCGGAAUUAGUUUACUUUUAAUUCACUUCAUUGACGUAACUAAUGCACUGUUGUAUUGAUGUGUUCACCGUAAUCAAAUUAAUUAAGAGAUCUGUUGUGUGCAGUGUGAUAAAUAUAAUGGACCUAUUAAAAAGAUGUAAUUCAUGUUUUUGAUUGUAAUGCUGACAAGUUGAUUGCCUUCGAUGAAGAUAAUACUGCAUUAUAUAUAUUGAAAUAUUAUAUAAUGAAUAUGAUAUAUAUAUAUAUUGCAUAUAUAUACUGAAUCUUUCUACUAUCGUCGUAUUGGUUUAAUGAAUAUUGAUAUAUAUGGAAUGUAUUCGUCCGAAAAGUUCGUACGUCACCUCUGUUCCAAUAUACAAUUCUGUUAUGAUGUACAAGUUUAAUUGUGUCUUCAAUAUGGCGUAACUUUUCAUGCUAUGGCGCAAAUUUUUAUCACCUGUGAGUUCAUUACGGACUUGAAAUAGAUUUAUGAUGCGUGGGAGCGUAGAGCAAUAAAAUUAAUUCAAUGGAUUUUUUCUUUCUGAAGAGAAAUGAAUU